AUGAAGGUCGAUCCUUCUACUGCCUGUGUCGGUGGGGGGCCAGCCCGUGUGGGGUACUAUCAGAUGGAGACCACCAUCGGGAAGGGUAAUUUUGCUGUCGUUAAACUAGCCACAAACAUCGUCACAAAAUCUAAGGUGGUUGCAAUAAAAAUAAUUGACAAAUCCAGAUUGGAUCCAGAAAAUUUAAAAAAAAUUUACAGAGAAAUUCAGAUUAUGAAAUUGUUGUGCCACCCUCACAUUGUCCGACUUUAUCAGGUAAUGGAGACAGAGACAAUGAUUUAUUUGGUUUUAGAAUAUGCAAGUGGGGGAGAAAUAUUUGACCACUUGGUAGCACACGGUCGAAUGAAUGAAAGAGAUGCAAGACAAAAAUUUAAACAGAUUAUCACUGCUGUGGCUUAUUGUCAUUCCAGAUCAAUUGUCCAUCGAGAUUUGAAAGCUGAGAAUUUACUUUUAGAUGCUAACAAGGAUAUCAAAAUUGCAGAUUUUGGAUUUAGCAACUACUGUGCAUCAGGAAAUUUGUUAUCAACCCACUGUGGCAGUCCUCCAUACGCAGCUCCAGAACUCUUUGAAGGGCACCAGUAUGAUGGGCCAAAAGUUGAUAUUUGGAGUUUGGGAAUUGUGUUGUAUGUGUUGGUGGUGGGCAGCCUGCCCUUCGAUGGCAGCAACCUUGCCAGUCUCAGGAAACGAAUUUUGGCUGGCAAGUUCAGAGUGCCUUUCUUCAUGUCUACAGAAUGUGAAGACUUGAUAAGGUGCAUGUUGAAUGUCGACCCAACAAAACGGGCCAGCAUGAAUGAUAUAAUCAACCAUCGUUGGCAGCUGACACAAAAGCAGCCAAAUGCUGAUGUAGUCCAACCAAAUGUUGCUGUUGAUGAGGUGGAGGAGGAGUUGAACCAGGUCGUGUUGCAACACAUGAGUGAUUUGAAAAUUGAUGUCAACCAGACAGUCAAGAGCGUGAAAGAGAAGCAAUAUGACUACCUGAGUGCAAUCUACCACUUGCUAGUGGACAGAUAUCGUAGGAUGGGCGCCUCCAAGCUCACCAACACAGUCUCACCAACUCACCUGCCACAAGCCACCAGGUCACAGAGGAGAUCCAGCAUAACAACUGGAAUUGGUCAGUUUGUUCUCAUGUACUUUUUUCUCAUAUACAUUAUAUUUUAUAUAUUUUAG